AUGAUUUUUAUUCUCUUCAUCGCACUAAUUAUUCAUGCCGAUGGUACACAACUCCAGAAUACUACAACGACGACCGAGUCGCCAAUAAAAAAUCCGUAUAGUCCACGUGAUCAUAUUGUUAACCCACAUGAUUUUUUGUACAUUCUCAAUCCUGGUUAUUCCGUGUGUAAUGAUAGCAAUUCGGAUUUGUUUGUUCUUGUUUAUGUUCAUUCCGGACCGAGUAAUUAUCAGCGACGGAUUGUCAUACGUGAAACAUGGGCAACGCGAAGUUUAUUUCCCGAAAUGCGACUAAUCUUUAUGAUGGGCAAAAGUCUUGAUGCCAACCAAAUGAAAGCCAUUCAAUAUGAAAAUGAAAUCUAUCGCGAUAUCGUUCAAGAAGAUUUUCUUGAUUCGUACAAAAAUCUCACAUAUAAAGGUAUUAUGGCUUUAAAAUGGAUAUCGAAAUUUUGUCCAAAUACGAAAUACAUUCUCAAAGUCGAUGACGACAUCGUUGUUAACACAUUUACACUGUUGAAUCAUUUGAAAUAUCUGGAUAAACAUAAGGUAGAUGUACGAAAAGGAACGAUACUUUGUUUGCUAUGGACAGCGAUGACUGUCAUGAGAGAUAGUAAGUCCAAAUGGUACUUGAGCAAAGAAGAUUUCCCGUUCGAUAAGUUUCCGCCGUAUUGCAGUGGAUCCGCGUAUAUCUUAACUGGCGACAUGGCAGCUAAAAUGUAUAAUGCUAGUUUGUACAUUCCAUUCUUUUGGGUUGACGAUUAUUACAUAACUGGAGCGGUUGCUUCUGCUGCAAAUGUUACUUAUGCCCAGCUCGGUUCACUGUAUACCAUUCCCGAACAGUUAGCACAUACGCGUUUCAUGUCUGCGAAAUCGUUCUAUACGAUUAUGUUUGGCCACUUUCCGAACUCACUGAAUAGCAUGCGAGAAAUCUGGCGACGAAUUUUAACGUUACAUCAACAUAAAUUUCCGAAUCGCAUUCGAGUAAACUCCUUCACUUGGGACGAAACAAUUCACCAAAAUGACAAAGCAAUACAAUGA